AACGCGCAACUUUGCAAAUUCAUUGGAGUGGUCCUUGAGCUUGCGUUUCAGAGAGGACCCGGAGUGACGAAGACUGAGGUCGGGUAUUCCCAGGGUACUAUGCACCAGCUGAUGUAUGAGGAUGUGUGUACGGGGACUACGAAUCACUCGGAGAUCGUCCGUGUUCAGUAUGAUCUUGGGCAGUGUGCCUACGAGGAUUUGCUUGAAGCAUUCUGGGCUCGCCAUGAUCCGACCACGCUUAAUCGUCAGGGCAAUGAUGUUGGAACUCAGUACAGGUCUGGCAUAUAUGUCUACACGCCUGAGCAAGAGACGGCUACAAGGGAGUCCUUGGAGAACCACCAGAAGCUCCUGAACAGGAAGAUUGUCACAGAGAUCCUCCCGGCAAAGAAAUUCUACAAAGCCAAGGAGUACCAUCAACAAUACCUAGAGAAAGGCGGCCGCUCCAGUUUCAAACAAUCUGCUUCCAAAUGUUGCAAUGAUCCUAUCGUUGUUACGGUUAGGUUAACGCACUUCAAUAUUACUAUCAAUCAUUGAUUAUAUCGACUGCUCUAGGCGGCGUUUGGAUUAUAUCGACUGCUCUAGGUGGCGUUUGGAUCGCGGUAAUGUGAAAACAUUACCGAGAAUCUGGUGGUAAUGUAUUCAGAUUACCUUGUUUGGUUAACAGUGGUAAUGUUGAUGGUAAUGUUAGAUUACCAAUAGUAUGAUUACCACCAAAAUAGGUGUUCAUCCAGAUUACCGGUGGUAACGUGUAAUGUUUUUUUCCAAUUAUGCCCCCACUCAUUUAAUCUAAUUCUUUAUUACACUCA